AAUCUCAAUUAUAAUUAUAUGUUGAUAUAACUUUUUUAUACAGUCAGGAUUCAGACACAACGCCGAAGCAAUUAUAAACGGGAUGCGGUAAAAAAAAGUCGCCCAUAUCAAUUAUUACUUCUCGGUUGAAGACGUAUAUUUGCAUUCUGUUUACAUACAAAGUUUGCGACUUUGCGUAUUCGAUAACCGCGCGUCGUACAGUGCAGUCGUAUAGAACUCGAGCAGUGUAAAAUCAUAAGCAGUGCAAAGUUAUAAGCAGUGUAAACUAAUAAGCAGUGUAAAUUAAUAAAGAGUGUUAAAAGUCAAUUCGGAUGUGCGUACGGUAGCGUUGUGUGUGCAUUAUGGAGAGCGCGGUACACGCGCCGUUGCGUGUGGGGAAGAAGAUGCGAAAGAGACGGGAGUUGGACGCUUUGGUGGGAGGGGGUGGUGCGAGGGGUGGGAGGCUGUUGUCCGCCUCCAGUGACGAAGGGGAGCCCUGGGGGAGGCGCACCACUAGACGGCGGCGCUCCCGCCCGUUCCUGCGUCUAGCCGCUGCGCUGGCUUUGUGUGUGUGCGUCGUGUCCGCUGCUACGGUUUUGUGGCUGUUUGUGGAUGUGAGACGGCAGAUUGUGUCCCUCCGCAUGGAGAUGGACCGAGUAUCUACAAGCAGUGCAGGCGUAGGUGAUGAAUUACAAGUAUGCCACACACAGGCGAAAGAGUUGAGAACGAACGCGAGCGAACUAAGCGCUCGGUUAAGCAAAUUGGAGCUCGACUUCCAAGAGCUCUCAAAACAAAUGACACAGACGGCGAAAGAGCUGAGUUCUGUCUCCGAGCAGUUGUCUGCAGCGCCAAAAUUAGCAGACAUGCCGCGACGACUGGCGGAGCUACAGCGGACCGUUGCUGACUUCGGGUCACAGAUAAGCGGUUUCGACAGUUCACUAACGUCGACCCGCAAACAAGCCAGCACGGCCGCGUCGGGCGUGGACGAGCUGAAGACUCAGCUGUCGCAGCUCGAAGGCAGGACGAAUGACACCGUCGCCAACCUUACCAUCUUCUCCACGAAGAACAACGAAACGAGGGAACUAAUCGUUGCCCUCAACACAACUCUUGUUAGCAGAAUCGACGGGCUAGAGGCGAAAAUUGUGGAUAUGAACAAGCCGCUAAGUACAGUAGCGCCAGCGACUUCAUCGACAGUCGCGCCCAGCGCUGCGCCCUCCGUGCCCGUCGCACCCGCCAACGCCAAUACCACCAUUCCAGGACCAGCUAAACCAAUCGUGCUCCAAUGAAGACUUUACAACUAGAAGUAACUAUACAACUCAACGAGUCAAAUUAAAUUAAGGGUCGCUCAUACACUUGUCGACGUCCACAAGACAAAUAGUAUUUUUCCAAAAAAAAAAACAAA